AUGAAUUGGGCUGAUUGGGAUUAUUUGAGGUCUCAGUUGGCCGAAGCUGCCAAUGGAACCAAGGUUAUUAUGACCACGCGAGAUAAGAAUGUACGUAUCGUCACAAAUUCUCUACUGGUGUACAACUUGCAGGGCCUUUCACAUGAAGACUCUAUGUCCUUGUUCAAGACAUGGGCAUUUGACCAAACCGAAUGGGAAAUGAGCCCGCAUCUCCUCCAGAUCGGGGAUGAGAUUGUAGGAAAAUGCAGGGGAGUCCCUUUGGCUUUGAAGAUGUUGGGUGGCCUACUGUACUCGAAGGACGACGAACAAUUUUGGGAGCUGGUAAGAGAUGAUGAUAUGUGUAGAUCCAUACAGACGGAGGAGGAUGUUCUAUGCAUCCUGAAACUGUGUUACAUGUAUUUGCCAUCCCAAUUAAAACGAUGUUUUGCCCUCUGUUCACUUAUUCCUAGAGGCAGCAUCAUGAACAAUCUACCUAUGGCUUAUUUCUGGACAGCACAUGGGCUCGUUCCCCCAUCAAAUGAAAACAGAACUCCUGAAGACACCUGUGACAAGUACUUGAAAGAGUUGUGGUCCAGAUCCUUCUUCCAAGUAGCCUGGCAGAGUGGUUCAUCUCUCGCUUUUAACAUGCAUGAUUUACUUUACGAUCUAGCAUCAUCAGUGUCAAUGGAACAAAUCGAUUACGCCAUGCUUAGUCAUAGUUCCCAGACAAUUCCAGAGAGAACUCGACAUGUUUCGUUACUGCAAACUGUUUCGUCAGGGCAAUUGAAAGAGAACGAAUCCCCACCAUUCUUGAGCAGGUUAAAGUCGAACAGAGUGCGAAUGAUUAACUGUGUGUCCCGGGACACGUGCAAUACAAGAGAUCUUGACAGCAUGUCUAAGUGCGAGUACUUGAGGUUUUUGCACUUGUCCUUUUCCAGCUUUGAAGAGCUACCAAGUUCCAUAGGUGCUCAGGACUAG